AUGCAUACGACAAAUAUUACAACGACAACAGUGCUCUCGUGUUCGGAUCGCAUCCGAGCAGCAGAACAUCGAUUCACUGCGUUGACACAAAACAUUGCGCACUUCAGCCCUUUAAAGACACAGCUCGACAGACACAACCUGACGAUCGAGCGAAUUGAGUCUGAUAUUAAGAAGAAAACUGCCCACCUCCAGGCCUGUCAGGACAAGCUUAAAUCAAUCUCAAAGAGACCACAGACGUCAGGGCAGGGUAGCCAUGUCAGUCUUCACAACCAUGCGUCCGUGUCGUCGUCAUCGUCCGAGGGUGACCAUCCAUCAGAAGCUGGUAUCGUCGCUGCCCAGCACCAGGCCACCAAGGAGGCCCUUGAAGCUCUCAACGGCCAAUUGCUUGCCGCCAAGAUCUUGCAUAUUGGUCUUACCCGACAGGUCGCACAGUACUUUGAAAGCAGAGGCGAGCUCCAGACACUCCUCGAAGAGAUCUUUUCCGGAUCCACUCCCGAGCACCCAAGCGAGGAUGCCUUGGAACGGGAACUGGAGCAGUUCACCGCCGAUAUUACCAAGGUGAAGGCGGACUUCGAGAGGCACAGGGCAGCAAAGAACGAGUUCAAGGAGAUCCGACGCUACGUGGAUAUCUGGAAUGACUCGAUCGAGAAGCAGAUUGCGACCAACCCCAAGGAUGCUUCUAAACCUCUGAAGAAGCUCGUCCCCUUCUUCUCUGGCCCCAAACCACCAUCGUAUACAAAGGUGGCGGAUGCACAUAUGGUGACGGCGCGAGGACUGGUCCCGACUCUGGAAGACAUUGGAAUGUUGUCAGAUAUCAAGAUGGACACUGCGAACGACACCUCGAACGAGUUGAUCAUCUACACGGCGAAAUUCAAGGAUGCCUACAACUCACUCUCACAUACACUGGAGGUCCUGCACAAGAAGAGUCGGCUGCUCAAGAAGAAGAAGAACCAGUGUAUAGAAAAGUUGUUCUCGGAGCGGUGUCGGAUCUUUUCGGUGGAGUUGCAGGCACACUACCGGAGUAUUGGCGAGAGUCUUGCCGGUGGGUCAGGAUCAAUAGCAGGCGAGAGCAGUAUUGUCGAUGGUUCUGGUGCAGGGGCAGGAGUACUUUCGUCCUCACCUGGAGCUACGACGACGUUGUCGAGUGGGCGGUUGGUGAUGCAUCGGCACCAUGUGGAAGGCAACAUGGACGCAUAUUCAUCUGAGGGGAGCUCACAUGGAGGAUACCAUUCUCAGGAGCUGCUGUUGGAUACCGAGGAACUCCCGUCAUAUUUCCAGCACCAGCAAUCAACACCACAUAGCCAGCUGCAUAGGAGGACAGGAUCGCUAGGAUCGCCCGCUCAUUCGUCAUCGGCUUCGUCUUCGAUCUCGUUGAACUCACCCUAUCCUGGGGUUACUGUUGGAGCGACGAUACUGGACAGCCCGCCUGAUUAUGUCCGGGACGAGUCUGCUGCUGUCGUGACAAACACUACAUACACGGCGAUGGAUAUGGGCGGACCUGUGGCAAUUGCGGCAGAUGAGGAGGAGGAUGCGUUGUUCAGAGCGUAUCGCCAGCGUUACGAUACACGAGAGCGCCAGAACUCUGAUCCAAGGUCUAGACCCAUGACGACAACGACGACACGGUCAAGGGCUGGAACGGGAUCAUUGGAUACGCCACCAGGAUAUGACGAGACGCGCUAUCAUACCGUCGUUGACCCCGUUUAG